AUGUCACGACCACAGGCUGCGCUGCAGAAAUGGUUUCAGAUCUCACAGUUUACACAAAAUCCUGUUACUCUGAAUCUAUGCAAGAUCACUUCCGCAAAUCGCCAUGCGACCCUCGUUGCGAAACGGUCAUUCAACAACACACACGCCCUGUCUGCUAAGCAACUGCGAAAAUCACCAACUUGGGGGAAUGGACCAACUCGUCGGAGACGAUUGAAAUUAGACCAGAGUGGCAUCCUUCUGCAAUCGCUCGAUUUUCGUGAACCCGUUGAAGUGCGACUGGAAAGGCAUGAAACGGAGUCUAUUUAUCAACACCAAAGUGCCAUCGACAAUGACAUAUUGCCUAAGAGGCUCAGUUAUCGGACAUUCAAAGAUGUGGGCGCAAAGCUGAUCACGGCAGCAUGGACGUUGAAGCCAGAAGCGUCAAUCAUUCGCUCGAUCUCUUCUGAUGUCGAGACUAUUUUUCAUAUUGGAUCUAUCAUAAGCCGGGAGGAUAAUGACCUCCGACAGUGGGUUCACACUGCAUGUGCACUUGCAAGAUCGCCUAGUGCAGUGUGCAUGUUGAGCUCCAACAUGAUGAAGGAUAAUUUGCCUUUACAUGCAACUAUAUUUCCGGAGCUUGAAAGGCUCGCGGAAGAAGGAUAUCCUCCUGCCAUGUGUUUGCGAGCGAAAAUGCAUGUCAACGCACGCCAAUUUGAAGAGGCCGGUCUCAUUCUGGAAAAAGGUGUGCUUCCAUUUCUUCAUCCGUCAUCCCGGCGGCCUCCACCCCAUCGCGACCUUACAUUCAACAAUUUGUUCGAAUCCCCAUGGAGGUUAUAUGGAUUGUCUCAAGCGUCAUUUGCCGAGACGGUCAAGUCGACAGAGCUUCGUGAUCAGUUGCAUAAGAAGGGUGACGAUGCAACCAUAAUUGCUGCAAUGAAAUAUAAUGAUCCAGAGGCCUUGGUAGAAUACGCAUCUCUCAUGCUGAACGAGAACAACCUGGAUGCUUACGAGGAGGCCAUGGCCAAGGCAGCAGCAGCUGGUAGCAGUGAAGCUUGUCUUUUUCUCGCAAAUUUCUACUAUUACACAUUUCACGGUAAAUAUCCCGUCCGUGGCGAGCGAGACUCAACCCACACACCUACAUCUUCAACCAAUGAACCAAAAUCGCCUGUCAAUGCCAUACUGAAAUAUAUCUCAUCAUAUUUCAGACGGUACUAUCCGCGUGAGAAAUACCGAGAUCUUGCGUAUGAUUGGUAUUACUUAGCCAACUUGCGUGGUGAGCCUGUUGCCGUUUUUAUGUGUGCACUUAUGAAACGUGAAGAUGGACACCAUGUUGACGGCCGACUAUUCUUGGAGUAUACAUCGAGACAACAUAAGAAAGACAAGCAAUUGGACGAGACACUGCUCAGAAUGGAAGAUUUGAAAUUGAACUGGUUUAAUAAGGAGUAUACUCCUAAACUUCCUAAGGGUUUGCUAACACUGCGGUAG